CAGCCGGACUCUCAAGAUGGCGUUCAGUAUUCUGAAAACGCACACUCUCUGGUGCGCUUUACUUGUGUUUGCGGGAGAUUGAUCAUCAUGUCUGAAUUGAAGAAUUUCGACCGCAUGUUCCGCCUGGACGGCAAAGUUGCGCUGGUAACUGGAGGCUCAAGAGGUCUUGGACUACACACAGCGACUGCCUUCCUCCUCGCGGGCGCCAAGAAGGUCUUCAUCUCAGCGCGCAAGAAUGAAGGACCGCAGGGCAUCGACCGGGCCGUCGAGAAGCUCAACAAGCUGCCCGUCUCCGGUACCGCCAUUGGCAUCGCAGCGAAUGUCGCCGACACAGAAGAUAUUGAGAGACUGGUGAAGAAGGUGCAAGAGACAGAUGACAAGCUGGACAUCUUAGUCUGCAACGCCGGCGCGACAUGGGGAGGGCCAUUCGAUCCUACUCCAGACUGGUCGAGCAAGAAGGUGUUGGACCUGAAUGUCCGCGGUGUCUUCAACCUGGCGAGAUUAUUCGCGCCCCUCCUCGAACACGCUGGCACCCGCCGCGACCCCUCACGCAUAAUCAUCGUCUCCUCCACCGCAGGCACAACCGUCCCCCACGUCGGCGAGCAUGGUACAAUAAUGUACAGCGUCUCCAAAGCCGCAGCUCACCACCUCUCGCGGCAACUUGCCGUCGAGCUCGGCCCGCGAAACAUCACCACCAACACGGUUGCGCCGGGCUUCUUUCCCUCGAAGCUGGCAAAUGGCCUGAUUGAGAUGCUUGGGGGACAGCAGGAGCUAGAGGAUUGGAAUCCGAGGAAACGGCUGGGUGAGCCGGAGGAUAUUGCGGGGGUUAUGGUGUACCUGGCGAGCCCGGCGGGAGCGUAUGUUAAUGGGGAGGAUAUUGCCGUUGAUGGGGGCGUGAGGUAUGCUGCGGGUAGGCAGUCACAGUUAUAAAUUACUACCCAUCUAUUUCAGGUAUUUGAGAUACACGCUGCAAGCUUGGUGAUGUUCCUAUCCCGACUUUUGUUCCUGCCUGG